AUUACGACAAAAGGCCGGCUCUUGAGUUAUCUUGCCGUUGACGUCAACAAGUUUUAUUUUUGUUAAAGUUACAAGUGAGGAUUUGUACUAAAGCAGUGAAAUGGAAGGGCUAUUUGCAAUACCGUUUACAGUUUUGGAAAUUCCAAACAUAAAAAUUAAGAAACCAACAUGGCUUCAAGCUCCGUCUGCCAUGACAACCUUUUCACUGGUGUUACUCUCUUACUUUUUGGUUACUGGAGGUAUUAUUUACGAUGUGAUAGUCGAGCCACCGAGCGUGGGUUCAACGACCGAUGAACAUGGACACAGCAGACCUGUAGCCUUCAUGCCGAAUCGUGUUAAUGGUCAGUACAUCAUGGAAGGUCUUGCGUCGAGCUUCCUCUUCUCACUCGGAGGGCUUGGCUUCAUAAUACUAGACCGCACACACAACCCAACCACACCAAAACUGAAUCGAAUUCUCCUUAUCUCUGUGGCAUUCCUAUGUAUUUUAGUGUCAUUCUUUACCACUUGGAUAUUCAUGCGUAUGAAGUUGCCAGGAUAUUUACAGAAUUAAUUUGUAAGCUAAUUUUGUAUUGUUUUAUUUUUGGGCUGUAGUACCAAUAAGUUUUAAUAAAUAUUUUUAUACUCAGUUUU